AUGACGAGGGUGGUUCUCGAGUAUCAGACCAUAGCGCACAUGGUUGAAGACGAUUGCGUCGACAAUGGAAUCCCUCUUCCCAACGUCACGAGCAAGAUCCUCCCGAAGGUGAUUGAGAACUGCAAGAAGCACGUGGAUGCUACUGCUUCCAACGAUCAGACCAAGAUUGUGGAGCUUACGGAGAAAACAAAGAUUAUCCCGACAGAGUAG